UUUCCAUUUCAUCUUAUGAAUGACAGACCAACAGACAGAAGAAAAGUGUGGUCAAUGGCGUCGACCAAUUUUCAACUCUUCAUUGUGGCCGUCUUAUGCUCUUUUCACAGGGUUUUAUCUGACUGUGGAGAUUCCAAAGCCGAUAUUGUUUUCAUUUUGGAUUCAAGUGGAAGCGUUGGAUAUGGGGAUUUUCAGAAAACGAAGGAAUUUUUUAAAACAAUGGUCGGUGGAUUUCAUAUCGGUUCAAAUAAAGUGAGAAUGGCAUCAGUAACAUUCAGCACUUCCAUUCACGAUACAUUCCAAUUAACUGAAUACAACUCUGCAUACAGUCUAAAGCAAAGAAUUUCAAAUAUUCCCUACGACGACGGAGGAACCAAUACACACCUUGCACUUAAAUAUGCGCGGGAAACAAGCUUUUCAUAUUGGUAUUCCAGGUCAGGUGUUGCCAAAAUUGCUGUUGUCAUCACUGAUGGAAAGUCAAAUAGCAAAUCCGAAACCAUUCAAGAGGCUGUGAAACUACGAAACAGUGGGGUCAUUAUUUUCUCUGUAGGUGUUGGAGAUGGCGUGGACCGAUCAGAACUUAGAGGAAUGGCGUCUAGAUCUAGCUAUGUGUUUGAUGUGGCAACGUUCAGCGCUUUGGACUCUAUCAGAGAUAGGCUUACAAAAACAGCAUGUGAAGUGAUUUCGUGUGGUGACCCUGGAACCCCACUCAACGGUGCCCGUUCUGGAAGCGAUUUUUCUAAAGGGAAGUCCGUAAGCUACACUUGUCAUUCAGACUACAAGCUAGUCGGAUCAAGCACAAGGACGUGUCAGAGCACAUCUGUCUGGUCCGGCUCCCUUCCUAGAUGCGUAUUUAACAACGCAUGUAAAAGUAAUCCAUGCCACAAUAAAGCCACGUGUAAUAAUGGCCAAACAUACACAUGUAGCUGUGCACAGGGGUAUAGUGGAUUUAACUGUGAAAAAGAUAUCCAGCCACCGGUUGUUAAAAACUGUCCCUCGGACAUACGAGAGUUUUCAGUUUCACGAUUCCUAAACAUUUCCUGGACGGGACCUUAUUUCUACGAUCCCCAUGAACAUUAUGUUGAUGUAACAACGAAUUACCCGAAAAAUGGAUCCACCUUUUUCUGGGGGGACUACACUGCUAUAUAUACUGCUCUGAAGCCGUACAAUGGUCUCCGAAGUGUAUGUACUUUUAACAUCAGCGUGCGGCCAAAUCCUUGCCCGGAUCUUAACAUUACUAACGUUACCAGAAAAGGUGCACUUGUCUGCAACGGUUGGAUGACAGAAUACACUCGCGUAUGCAUGGUUUUCUGCAGAAGAGGAACUAAGUUACAAAAAGGUCACGACUUCCGAACAAAAUACAUUUGUGGUGGGAGUGGAAAGUGGCUGCCAUCGAAAACCCUUCCAUAUUGUGCGCGGCCAAAGGAGCAUGUUCGUACCCCGGAUGACAAAAUUUACACUUUCCGUCGCUGUGACGACGAAGAAAAGGACAAGAUGAGGGGAAAAUAUCUAGAUGUUCUCAAGAAAUCUUCCUUAAGAAGACUCUGCAAUAGAUAUGCAGACCUCUGUAAAAAGGAAAACGUUGAUGUUCAGUGCUGAGUUUACCCACUGUACUUAAAAAUGAUUGUAAAAAUAUAUUAUUUGCAAGAAUAUUAACAAGGGUAAGGAAAACGAUUACAUGUAAUAUUUAUCAGUUUGAGAAAAAACCCUUUUCAUGUUUCAUAAUGAUUUUAUCAAAUAAUAUCUAUCAAUCUAUAAGUAUUGUAUAUAAAUGUAUAUGCUUUAUCAAAUAAGACUUAUUUAAUAUUAUCUAUUCAUGUACAUUGUAUGUACACUCAUACAGUUUUACUUUUGUUUGAAUUGCAUUGUUUCGUUCUGUUUAACAAUGAAAUGUGUUAUAAACAUUAAGCUUUUAUUUAACAUGACAUAUAGAAUCAAUUGUUCUUUUAUUUAUAAAACCUUUCCAGGGUCUUUAUCAUUGUCCGCUGUGUUCUUCACUUUUCAAUUAUUAUCUUGAAACAAUCAUAGAAUAAAAAGAUUAAGGUUCAAUAGUUAUUAAAAAUAUUUUGAAUGUUGACAGAUUUUGAAAAUUGCGCAUUUGUUAAGCAUACAAGUGUAUGCAUUGUAAUUUAAGGGCAGGGACUAUACAUUUACAAUAUCUACACUUUUUUUGAAAAAUCAACUGCAAUGAAAGGAAGAAUAUGAUAUAAAAUAUUCUGCGUAUGAAAUCAACAUAAUGUGAUUACAUAACAAAUAUUAAUUAUCUGGUGUUAUUUCAUUUGAAUAGACCAAAUCCAUGGUCAAUCUUUAAUAUGGCUUUAGAUGUGUCAUAGAAUUAACUAAUGUCAACUUAUUACUUUUAUAUUAUAAUAAUAUAUGUAUUUCUAUAAACUAAAAUACACAAACAUUGUGUUUUAUUGUAU